CAUUAAUGUCUUUGUGUGAAGCUCAGUAAAGAUUUUACCUUUGAAUAAAAACAUAAAAUUUGGAUUUUAGGGUUUUAGGGUAUAUUCGAUAUAGCCCCUUAUUGGAUAAUCUCUCUGUUACAUUAUCCUCUUUCUGCCGAAAAUGGCGGGUUUCUCUUUGUACUGCCUUAUAAACCCACCAAUCCUCUUUACUCUUCCGUCGGAGUCGCCUCUCUCUGUUUUGGGUUCCGGAAAAGAUUCGCCGGCGACGAGACGGAGAGCCAGAAAGAUCGGUGAGCUCGUCGUAUCGUACGCGCACUCUAACCCGAAGAUAAUCAACCCGAAGAAGAAGUCAAGGUAUGGUCAAACGUUAUCUCCAUACGACAGUGAUGAAGAAGAAGAGCUACAUGAUGAAAGUGAUGAUGAUGACUGGUUACUCAAUGAUGACUUCGCAGAGGUCACAGAGUAUGAAAAGAAGAAACCUAAGUCACAGAAGCAAACCAUUGCUAAGAAAGGUGGGAAGAAGGUGAUCGUGAAAAGUUGGGAAACACCGGAAGAGAGCGAGACUGAUGAAGACGACUUGAAUAUUGGCAUUACUCAAAAUGCCUCUGAAAAAAAGAAGAAGAUGGAGAAGGACUCUUGGCGUUUAGAUGGUCGCGGAAAGGUGAGCUCGAGGAAAUAUGUCGAGAAACUAUACCCUCGACUCUCAGAAGAGAUCGAUAUAGAUCCUAAAUGGGUACCGCUCCUGGAUUACUUGAGCACAUUUGGUCUGAAAGAAUCACACUUUGUUCAAAUGUACGAGAGACACAUGCCAUCCCUUCAGAUUAAUGUGUUAUCAGCGCAAGAGAGACUCGAUUACUUGUUGAGUGUCGGUGUUAAACACAGAGAUAUCAAGAGGAUGCUGUUGAGACAACCACAGAUACUUCAAUACACGGUUGAGAACAAUCUCAAAGCUCACAUUUCCUUUCUGAUGGGUCUUGGAAUUCCCAAUUCCAAAAUAGGACAGAUAGUUGCUGUAACUCCAUCUCUGUUCUCUUACAGUGUCGAAAAUUCCCUGAGACCCACGAUAAGGUAUUUGAUCGAAGAGGUUGGGAUAAACGAAAACGAUGUUGGAAAAGUCGUGCAACUUAGCCCUCAGAUUCUGAUCCAGAGGCUUGACAUAACAAUGGAACAACUCGUUACAUGUUCCUCUUCCAAGGAGUUAGGAGCACCUAGAGACAGUGUAGUGAAGAUGGUGAAGAAACAUCCGCAGCUUCUUCAUUACAGUAUCGAUGACGGAUUCUUGCCACGGAUCAAUUUUCUUAGAAGCAUUGGCAUGUGCAAUUCUGAUAUAUUGAAAGUCUUAACUAGCCUUACACAGGUUUUGUCUCUCUCACUGGAAGAUAAUCUAAAGCCUAAGUACAUGUAUUUGGUCAAUGAGCUCAAGAAUGAAGUGCACAUUUUGACUAAAUACCCAAUGUACCUGAGCUUGUCCUUGGAUCAAAGGAUACGCCCGCGCCACCGCUUCUUGGUUGAGUUGAAGAAAGUGCGGAAAGGGCCAUUCCCUCUUAGCUCAUUGGUUCCAAACGAUGAAAGCUUUUGUCAGCAAUGGGCUGGAACUAGUGUAGAUAAGUAUCUCGCCUUUCGUCAGAGGCUAUUACUCAAGGAGCUCGCAAACAAGUAUGAAAAGAGAGGAUGAUGAUUAUGAUGACGAUGGAUUUCUCUUGUCCCUGUUUACAAUCAACGAGUCUACAGUUUAGUUCAUGAGCACAACUGUGUAUGACCAUUAACUUCUGGUGAAACACGAUACACAGUUUCUGCAAGUUAGAAACAUUUACAGGAAAAGAGACUCCAGAGAAACCGGCGUGGCAACAGACAUCAUUCAUUUUUUUGUUUACCAGAUGAGAGUUUCAGCAAUCUUUUCCGGGUUUUGUCUACACUUCAAGUUCUGCAAUUUGCAAUGUUUUGUGGUAAAGUUUUAACUCUUCUUAUUUGUUUUCUCUUCUGUCUAGUAAAUCAUGGAAAAGAGAAACACAGUCUAUAUGUAAUGUUUUUUGGCCUCAUUUAUAGUUCAGCCUAAGGAACAUCUUAUAAAGUUUUGUUAUGGUUUGAUCCUUUUGUAAAACAGAGGUUGAAGAAAAGAUUCAAGUUAUGUAAA